AGGGGAAUAAACUUGUUGCGUGCCGGAUGUGACGAGUGUGCGCAUUUUUACAAGAUAAUGCAAUAACAAGUAGAUCUUCCCCACCGUGUUAGUCACUUUGCGCUCGGCUGCUCAAGCGAGUCUGUUAUCCCACUCACCUGACACUACCGUCUGUGAUCAUUACGGAACCGCAAACGAGCUACCAAUCCCCACUGGGACCAGGCUACAGCUUUUAAAGAAAAAGGGCAUUUCAUCGUUCCCCACUUCAUCUUUGGUGCGACAACUUGAGCUAACGGCUACUACUACAAGGAGCUGGCGGACGUGUCUUAAGUAAAUGAUACCCUCCACUGAAGAGUAUCCGCAUUCUUAGAAUAUAAUAUUGGGAGUGUUUCUUUGCUGUUUGAUGUCGCUCUACUUUCUUCUAAGAUCAGAGCAGUAUUAGUGUCAAACUUCAUCCUAGAGGACACGGGUGACUUGAGAGGUGUCAUCACGACGAGAGAAUAAGCAAACUUCCUCAACACUUUUUGUCUUGACGCAGAAACACAAGAGAGGACCGAGCGGUUGAUUCGGGGGCUGUCUUCGGGGGUGAACUUGAUUGCAAACUUUUUAUUUUGUAAAACAGUUGUCUUUUAGAGCAAGAUGGGUAGUACGGCAAGACCGAGUGUUUACGGCGUGGUUUUUCUACUGGUCAUUGCAAUCAUUUGGGGAACAGUCACAGAAGGGCAUAUAAUUCUACAUCAGAUGCAACGGAGGGACGCAACAAUCGAACCCACGACAAUCGGACCGGUGGCCGCAAACUCAUGCGACUCCUGUACGACAUUGAAAUGUGCCAUCCAUUGUAGCGGCUUCGGUAAACGAUCGGGACCGUUUGAAAAUGACAAUUUGAAAGAUGUUCGUAAGAUACAGUCACCGCCUUUGGAAAGUGAUUGGACGAACAGUCAGCAGUGUACACUAGAUGUGUGGUUCGAUGAAUUAUCACCGGAGUGGCAAAGAUACAUAAUCGGAAUUUUUCAAAUAGCCUCAUCAUCAACCAGAGAUCCUUUGUAGUUUCAACCAGGUGCCUAACUCUGUAUUCAUCAUCACCUAUAAACCAGCCCAAGAAUAUACAUUAUUGGGGACGACCUGACUGCCCGCCGACUCAGCUAUGCACACACCACACUAUGACGAUCCGAACAAGCAAGGCACCCGACUAAACAUUUCUCCCUUAUGUGGUCGUAUAAUAUACCUUUCUUUUGCAACGUCACAGCCCGAGUUUUUGCCAACAAUUUCCCGAGAUUGUAAAAACUAUGGAAAGGCAUACAUGAAAAACGAAAACAGAUGACCAGAGUUUUUAAGAAUGCCGCACAACUACUCAAAAAGAGUGUUAAAUUUGUUGGAAACAAAACAUCAAAUCAAUGGUGAUAUUUUAUGAAAGUUGGCAGAAAUUGAUGAAUUUGUCCAGAACAUCUGUUAACACGUUUGGAAGUUUAUCAACAAUGGAAACGUCUUUAAACUAUUAUUGGUUAUGACUUGAAAAGGUUGACUCAAAAAUUAUCACUGACAAACUUUGCUUAUUAAAAGCAAAUAACCCUGAUGAGCUGACGUUAAAACCAAAGAUUCAUUCAAAAUAGGAAAGUUCAAUUAAAAAAAUAAUACAGACUAUAGUGACGUGCUUGAUGACUAUAUUAUAAGAACAACAAAGCUUGAUCUUUUUGCUGCUUUCAUGAUGAGGGGCGAUCAUUAUCUUUUGUCGAUAAUUUAAUUCAAACCAAUUUUACCAAAGUCUGACCUUUCCUUUCAGCUUUUUCAUUACCUGAGUUUAUUUUUGCUUAGCUCUCUAUACAUUCCAACCAAUUAAGUCACACUAAAAACACGAACAGGAGUUUUUUCUGUAAUAAUAACCUUACGAUGGUCUGCUGGGAACAGUGGACAAGAAAACCUGCUGUAACGUUCAUCAACAUCACUAAAGAAUCGAAUCACUAGUCAAGCAACCCGUACAUGCCGUGUUUGAAUUGGUUACAGCGACUGUUGUCAAGGCAGUUGCAGCCACAACCACUAUUAUUGACAUUUGUCGACAUAGUCAACAUACACAUCGUUAUUUAGCGUACGGGGAACCAGACAAAAGAGUGCAGUCCGAUUCAACCUCCUCGUUGCUUACGUUCAAUUAAACAAUCAUAGAUAGCCAAACUGAACCCUCAACAAAAAGUUUACCCCCCCCCC